UGACCGAUGGGCCUGAGAUUGAGCUAAUCGGGAUACACGUUUUCAUGUAAGUAAUACACGAAUAGUACAGGGAACGAAUGCGUCAAAAUGGCCGAAACAGGUGAAGUGAAACAGGGACAACAUAUCCUCGUGAUUUGGUCUGGAAUUACUCCUCCUAAGAAAAUAGAAGAGAUCGUGAUUCAGUUAAAUUCUUCAGUUGGAUCUACGGGUGUGGUUGCCGUCGAGAAUGAGGAAAGACUAAAGUUAUCAUCUCAUCCAGAGUCUUCAUUUGAUGUUGUAUUAUCCGGGAUGAUGCUACCUUCCUUCCUGGUUCAUAGCCUGGACAUUCUGGCCGAAAUUGCCAGAAUUUUAAAGCCCAGUGGAAAGGUGACCCUUGCAGAGCCUGCAGGAACAAGUGGAGAUCUGAGGCCUCCUGAAAAACUGGUUUCUGCACUAAAACUUUCUGGAUUUGUUGAUAUUUCUUGAUUCAGACACUCUUCUUGACGAAGAAGAUUUAAGAAAACCAGAUCCUGCAUCACUUAAAAGUGACUGUGGCACAAAUAAAGCAGGAAAGAAAAAAGCUUGCAAGAAUUGCACAUGUGGCUUGGCUGAGGAACUGGAUCAAGGGAAGAAGCCAGAAAAGGAAACUCUGACGUCGUCAUGUGGAAGUUGCUACUUGGGAGAUGCCUUCCGCUGUGCCAGUUGCCCUUACUUAGGAAUGCCGCCUUUUAAACCAGGAGAAAAGGUUGCACUUACAAGUCGACAGUUAAAAGGAGAUGUGUAUUAAACAAUACGUCCGCAAUUGUAUCUGCAGAAUCUCUGUAGCUGCUAAACACAUCUUCACUGCACUUUAUGGUCUCCAAGUUGUCGAUACAAAGUGGCUCUUUAAACCUGAUGCACAUGGGUACGUUGAUUCUUGGGUGACGGACUUCGUCAGUUGAUGUUGUCGUGAGGUUACUGUAACUUUUGUGCUCCAGACUCAAAGCAAUGUUAAAAUAUAAUUUCCAUUUCAUUUCAUGGUCUAAGGAGUUGUAGUUAGUACUAAAUGAGAAAAUAUGACAUACCUUUCCCCCUGCUUCGGUUGCGCAGGAAACCAAUUUAUUUAAGCAGCCAGUUGUAUUUUGUAUUGAUUUACCGCCGCAAUAAACAACUGGGGAUGUUUGUGAAUAACGAAUCUAACGCGAUUGAUGGAUAACCGUUCAAAGUAUUCAUUCAACGCUCAAAUAGCUUUUACGCUAGUAAAUCAAUUUGAGAGCUCUUGCUUCUAAAUGUUUCACGGUUUUCUGUGGGAUUACUGUUUUUAUAAGCGAUAAGUUUUCACGUAUGAGAAUGUGCGUAUUGUUGUAGUCACGUUAUAAAACUUAAAAAUAAACAGGAAUGAACUUAGUAA